UCUCCCCACCCUGACCCCCCCGUGUUCCCCCCCAGGAGCCGGGCACCCCAUGAAGCCCCAUCGCUUGGCACUGACCCACAGCCUGGUCCUGCACUAUGGCCUCUACAAGAAGAUGAUUGUGUUCAAGCCCUACCAGGCAUCCCAGCAUGACAUGUGCAGGUUCCACUCCGAGGACUACAUCGACUUCCUGCAGCGAGUGAGUCCCAACAACAUGCAGGGCUUCACCAAGAGCCUCAAUGCCUUCAACGUGGGAGAUGACUGCCCCGUGUUUCCAGGCCUCUUUGAGUUCUGCUCUCGCUACACCGGGGCCUCCCUGCAGGGGGCAACGCAGCUGAACAACAAGAUCUGUGAUAUUGCAAUAAACUGGGCAGGGGGUCUGCAUCAUGCCAAGAAGUUUGAGGCCUCUGGGUUCUGCUAUGUCAACGACAUCGUGAUUGGCAUCCUGGAGCUGCUCAAGUACCACCCACGUGUUCUGUACAUUGACAUUGACAUCCACCACGGGGAUGGGGUGCAGGAGGCCUUCUACUUGACUGACCGUGUCAUGACUGUGUCAUUCCAUAAAUAUGGGAACUAUUUCUUUCCUGGCACAGGUGACAUGUAUGAGGUGGGUGCAGAGAGCGGCCGUUACUACUGUCUCAACGUGCCCCUCCGGGAUGGCAUUGAUGACCAAAGUUAUAAACACCUUUUCCAGCCAGUCAUUAACCAGGUGGUAGAUUACUAUCAGCCCACCUGCAUCGUGCUGCAGUGUGGUGCUGAUUCUCUGGGGUGUGACCGUUUGGGUUGUUUCAACCUCAGUAUAAGAGGACACGGGGAGUGUGUGGAAUAUGUCAAGAGCUUCAACAUCCCCUUGCUGGUACUGGGAGGAGGUGGUUACACGGUGCGCAACGUGGCACGGUGCUGGACUUACGAGACGUCACUGCUGGUAGAUGAAGCCAUCAGUGAGGAGCUCCCUUACAGUGAGUACUUUGAAUACUUUGCUCCAGACUUCACCCUUCAUCCUGAUGUCAGUACAAGGAUUGAAAACCAGAACUCCAGGCAGUACUUGGAUCAGAUCAGGCAGACCAUCUUUGAGAACCUGAAGAUGCUGAACCAUGCCCCCAGUGUGCAGAUCCACGAUGUCCCCUCUGACCUGCUCAGCUACGACCGCACGGAUGAGCCUGAUCCAGAAGAAAGAGGCUCUGAGGAAAACUACAGCAGGCCUGAAGCUGCCAACGAGUUCUAUGACGGUGACCACGAUAACGACAAGGAGAGCGACGUGGAGAUCUGA